CGCAGGCACUACGGUGGUACUUUGCGAAUAUACUCAGACACUGCAAAAGUAACUUAGGAAGAUAUUCAGAUACUGCAAAAGUAACCUGGGAAAAUAUUCAGACACUGCAGGAAUAACUUAGGAAGAUAUUCAGCCACUGUAGUCGUAACUCGAAUAUCCAAAAUUAUGAAAGUGUCUUGAAAUGUCUCUCUUGAAAGAAUUCAAGUCAUUUGGUAGGAUAAAAUACUGAAGUAGGAAGGAAGUUCCAGACUUUACCAGUAAAAGGGGAUAACAGAUUAACUAAUACUCAAUAAGGAAGAUCAGAAGAUUGCCAGUAGAACGUCUCCGGCGGAACCUAUACUAGUGCUCAGCAUAUAAGAUUAUGAAAUUCGAGGUUUAAGAGUCUUCCUGUUAAGUUCCUAGGUUCAUAUGUGUUUCAUAUGUGUUUCGGUGAAGAAGAAAUGAGAUCUAGUUGAGGAAAGGUGAUGUUCCACAGAUUAAGAAUUAGAUCUUAAGGUCGUGAAUGUUGCAGAAUUUAAUACAGAAAAAUUUGAGAUGGGUGUCAAGACACUUUUUGUCGUUACCAGAAGAGCAGUCCAUCCUGGGAACACUUUUGGCUCUCUUCCCAAACACAGACUCCAAGGCUGGUGUUGGAGUCGGCUAUUUCAAUUUUCAUCUUUGAGUGAAAGAUGUAGUACAUGUUUUAUAUAUAAUGUAAUGUAUGAAAGAAAAGAGCUUGUGUUGUGAAACACAAAGGGAAAUGUUCAUGAAGGUUACAGCUGUAUUAGAUGCAGGUUAAAAGAAUUCACCAAGACCAGUGCUUAUAUGACCUCGCUUAGAAAUGGACACGUGCCGUUUCGGCAAGGGUCCAUUUCCUUUUCUCCCUACACCAUUUAGUGAUCCCCUAAUCUCUUAAUAAACGCAGGGUACGAUCUGGAACUAAAGCUAGAUAAGUAAUACAUAAGAUAUCUACAGGGUGUAACACAAGUUUGUGCGGAUAUUGCCAGAGGGUGAAAGUACAGGUUAUUCUAAGUGGAAAAUGUUCUAUACUCAUGUGCAUUUUGAGGCCUUUUUGCCCGUGGUAUGCAUUUCAAGUGUGGCCUGGCGACAGAUACAGUGGCCAAGCCAGGCGGUUAUCCAAGGCAGGACGUUUAGACCUGUAUGUCCGUUUGUAAAAUUAAGAAUAAUUCAGUCAUGAUUUCCACAAGUUUUGGAGCUUUACAGUAUAUCAAGACGAGACGAGUGACAACAACCGACCGAUGAUACGAAAUUCAAGUGUGGCCGCGUGACAACAGGCAGCCAGCUUCAACAACAUGGACGGAAAACUUUCGCCAGAAGAGGGCAAGAAGAGGGAGGAGAGCAAGGAAGGGUACAUAACAAGAUGGAAGAGUGUUAUUCCUUGCCCUCCUGUGCCAGACACAAACCUUGCUUCUUUCCUUUUGAGAGAGAUGGCCAACCAUGGAGGAAAGCAGGCAUUGGUCGACGCCGUCACUGGACAGCACUACACCUACAGCGACAUAUGUGCGAUGGUGCCGCGCGUGUGUGCCAACCUUGCCGCGGCGGGCGUGAGUGCCGGGGAUGCGGUGCUGCUCGUCUCCCCAAAUGGCAUAGAAUUCCCCAUAGCCCAGUUGGCUAUCCAGCUCCUCCCCGCCACCUGUGUGGCAGCAAGCCCCUUUCUCUCUCCAGACGAGCUGGUCCACGUGAUGAGGGUGGGUAUGGCGCGCUGGGCUGUGGUGGACGAGAGUGUGUUGGGAGUGAUUGAAAAGGUCACUACCAUGCUCCCCAACACCCUAAGAGAAAUAUGGGUGAUAGGUUCCUCCUCCAAAAGCCAUCCUUCCUUCUAUUCACUCAUGAAGACGGAAAGAUGGGCUGCCUGGCCACCGCAAGUAGAGAACUCUUCCUUCAACCCAGCAAGGGAGGUGGCCUUGAUGCAGUUUUCCUCAGGGACAACAGGUCUCACCAAAGGUGUAAUGCUGUCUCAUCGCAACUUGCUCACACUCUACAUGCAAGUCAAAUAUUUUGUGGAGGAUGUGGACAAUAAAAAGAAGGCCAGUGGUGAACCUGACUCUGAAGCAGAUAUAUUGAGCAGGGUGCUUCUGUUCAUCCCUCUACACCACAACUAUGCCACUGUUAUGUUUAAUUUUGUUGUCACUGUUGGCGGUUGUUGUGUGAUGAUGAAAACGUUCUCCCCACAUUCCUUUUUCAACGCGCUGCAAAAAUAUAAGAUUACGUAUGCGCCUAUUGUGCCGCACAUCGCCAACUUCCUGCUCCACACACCCUUGCUGAAGGAAUACGACAUCACCUCCCUCAAGUCGCUGAUUAGUGCAUCAGCCCCGCUUCCACUCUCGACUAAACAGGCCCUCACAACAAGGAUGGGCUGUGCCAUGAGACAAGGUUACGGGCUUACUGAGACCUGCGCUGCCGUCGCCUUCACCAUCCCACAUGUUUAUUCCAAGAUGGGUUCAGUGGGACGUGUGAUGCCCUACCUGGAGGUGAAGAUCGUGGCUCCAGAAAGUAGUAAGGGACUCCCGCCAGGGAAGGAGGGGGAGGUGUGGGUGAGGAGCCCAGCGAUAAUGCUGGGGUACGCCAACGUCCCCGGAAGACCCGCCUCCCCACCGGCACUGAAGGAAGGGGGAUGGCUGCCCACGGGAGACCUCGGCCACUGUGAUCAUGAAGGUUUUCUUUUCAUCACCGACAGGACCAAGGACAUCAUCAAAGUGAAGGGCUUCCAGGUGUCCCCCAGAGAACUGGAGGAUGUGCUACGAAGGGUGGAGGGGGUGAGAGAAGUGGCGGUGAUAGGGGUGCCGUCCCCCCGCCUGGGUGAAGCCCCUCGAGCCUAUGUGGUGCCCCUCCCUGGGGAGGCGACUCCCUCCUCACAGGCCUUGAAGGAUUAUGUGGCAUCGCGCCUGCCGCCACACAAGCACCUAGCUGGCGGCGUGCAGGUGGUGGACGCCAUCCCCAAGAACUCCAUUGGCAAGAUACUCAAGAGGCGCCUUCGCGACGAGUACCUCAGGGCUGAGGCGGCCAAGAAGACUGCUGGUCCGCCCUCCAAACUGUGACGCCUCACUCUGGUGGAGGUGGAGCUUGAAGUGUGUACUGGUAGCACUUUUUCUCCCGAGGAAUAACCCGUUUAGGUCACCAGACUUCAACCUGCCCUUAUCCCAGAAGUUGAGAAUGACCUUUCAAUACGGCCGGACGAUUUCGCUGUGUGUCAUCUCCUUUUGUACAUAAUUUUUGAAAGUACACAUACCUUGGGUAUAA